UUACCAGACAGUGUCAGCAGGCUCGGUUUCAGUUAAGCGUGGUGAGGAUUUGGUUAGGAAAUUGAAGGGUUGUUAGUUAUUAGUUAUUCUAGGAGUAAUUUCUCCCGCCAUUGUUUCCCCUACACCAAAUGGCUUCACUAUUUGCUAAAUCCCUUUCUCUGCUUCAUUUCUCAUGCGCCUAUUCUUCUUACCGCAAGAACAAGGUCUUUCCUUGUGUUAUAAUACAAAAUUCGUUGCUCCAAGGGUGGAGGACCGGUUCCUUCCAGAAACUCAACCCGAAUAUUACGCACAUAUCAAGGGAAUCAAAGAGGAGGAAAACUUUGAUCUGUGCAGUCAGUCAAGAUGCUGAGGAAUCAUUUAAAAAGACUGUAGAAGUAGAUAGGUUGAUAGAUAUGCUGAGAGAUGCAAGUCCGAGAGAACUUCAGCAGCUUGUUGUCGAAAAUGUCCUUGCUUUCAAUACGGCGUUUUGGAUACGACUCGCAGCAAGAAGUGACACCUGCAAAUCAGAGGAUGAUAAAAAAGAUUAUGAAGAAUUGGCAGUAUCAGUGAUGAGCAUUGUGGAUUGUCUUGUCCACAAGACUAAAGAAAAGAUUGAAUCAGCUACUGAUGUUCUCAAAUCAAUUUUGAAACCUGUCGUCGAUGAGGAGGAAGAGAUUCCAUGGCCUCCUAGAGAUCCAGAUACUCUCAAGCUAAUGGAGAAAGAGAUAAUUCACAGGGAGCAAGAAGGCCAGCUGGAUGAAGGAUUCCUUGCAGAAGUCAGUGCACAACUACGGCAAGCAAACGAAGAUGGGGAUAAACCUGGACUCGAGGCAAUGCUACAAAAGGUUUUGCAACUCUAUGCUUCCAAGGUUCUUUCAAAACGUAGUUAUGCACAGAAAGGAGAUGAAGUUUUGAAGGCCGAGCAGUUUCUUGAGACCAUAAUUAAAGCUCCUGAGGAAGAGUGGAACAAGCUUUUGAUUAAUGGCUUGACAGUUGGCAAGGGAGAAAUUUCUCCUGAAGAAUUUUAUGCUGUCGUCAAGAAAAGAAUCGAGCGGAUGUUGAUAAGAACAGAGGGAGGUUCUUACGAGCAGCGCAUUCUUAGUGAAUAUCUUAAUGGCAUCCAAUCAAGAGCGGAGGAGAUUGUCCAAGUUCUUCAGGGCAGAUCAUAAUAUCAACAGACAUGAAAACAUAUCCCAUAAGGUAUUGAUACUGUAUAGAAUCUGCAGGGAAGUACCCAUUUGAAUAAGAGAACGAAGAACAAGGACACUAAGCACGUGAGACGAAAGAGGCUGUAGAUUGUGUGCAGUAUUAUCUUUUUCAACAUGUCAGGCAAUUAUCUUCUUCAGCUCGAGAAUUUUCUUAUCUGAGACCAGACCAAUAUAGCAUCAAUAAUCCUUUUCUGUAAGCCAGUUUAUGCAUGCAUUUCUUUUCCCAACAGUGCCUCAUUCAUAUUUAUUGAUCCCCUUAUCAAAAAGAAAAGGCAACUAAAGUUUGUAAAGAGACCUUCCAAGACUAUCUUUGUAUACUCCAAAUUUUUUAUUAUAAAAAAUUAUUUCAUAAAA